AGGGGUAGGGGGGUUCAGACCCCAGUGGAGGGUCUAAAGGUGUCACGUGGACAACUUUGUCCCCCCAUAACACAGACAGAGAGACAGGGAGACAGGAGAGGAGUCAAGGUCCAGUAACCCAACAAAAACCAGCUGAACUUAUCUCACUGACUGGAUAUAAUACAUAACAAGAGGAGUGACUGGAUCUGCCUCAGUUUGUCACAUGCACUAGCUGGAGGGGAAAGUCAGACUGAGUGUGGGCAUCCUGUAACUGAGUGGCUGAUCAGUCCUGGACCAUGAAGCUUAGUGUGGCGUUGUUCUUCGCGGGGCUCUUUGGGGCGUUGGCAGCUGUGUUCAUCCUUCUCUCUUUUGGAACUGAUUACUGGUUGCUGGCUUCAGAGAGCUGCCAGCUAAAGCCUAACGAAUCUGCUGGCCCAGGCGGUGUGACCAUAGAGCGUGGAGAUGUGGUGGUGCAGGAGGGCAGUGGUGAUGUCACUCUAUACCACGAGGGUUUUUUCUGGAGGUGUUCCUUUGGAAGCAACAUGGAGGAUGAAAACCUGCUGAGGAGACUCUGGUUCACCAAUCAGCCUCACUCAAAAGUAUGUAUGCCUGCCUACCUCUUCCCAUUCCCUGUGUCUCAUCAGACUCAUAAUACCACAGAGUAUCAGUCUGCCAUAACUUACAGAAGUUUCUGGAGCGUCUUCAUGCUCAUUGCUGUGGCAGCUGUAGUGAUCGGUGGCUUCAUCGUCAUCUGUGCUGCUCCGUUUGCCGGCCACCGCUUGUAUAAAGCCGGCGGUGGCCUCUUUCUGGUAUCUGGUUUUUUCCUGCUGUGUGUGGUGGUGAUGUAUGUGCUGUGGCUGGACGUGUUGGAUGUGAUAGACCUUUAUGUGAACCACCAGCGCUCUUCACUGUGUCCGGACUUCCAUCUGUCCCUCAGCUACGGUCUCUCCUUCAUGUUCGCCCCAAUUGGCAUCUUCUUCUGCCUCCUGGCCGGCCUCCUUUUCCUCCUCAUUGGCCGAACCAUCCAGAUUCACUACCAGUGACUGACCAGCAGCCAGAAGUAGAAGAGCCUGAAAUGUCAGGAUUUUCGGAGUAUUUUUUACAGACACAUUUUGAUAUUUUUGUAGUCUUUCUGCCACAUAAAAGCAUGAAUCAUUAGAUUCAGUUUGGCAAUUAUGUGGCAUGAAUGAUCUGACACGCUUGAACAUUUUCAGCUGUUGCUGAGCUCAGAAAUGCCGUCAUGCUCACCCAGCCCUGAGUCAUUUUCAGCUUAGUUAAGAUAGCACUGAGACUGUGGAGGACCUACACAGCUAAAAUUAAAAAUAAGUGGGGACAAAAAUUAGUAUUAAAAUAAAUUGAGGCAUUCAUUUCUAAAAUGUAGCAUGAAUUUAUAUUUCUGCUUUAAUUUUGGCUUUGUAUUUAAAUACCCAUCUGUUAAUUUAUUUGCUUUCACAUCCUUUAUAUUUAUUAAUGUAUUUAAUUCUCCUUUGUAUUCAUCAUAUUUAAUAAUUAAGAUUAUUUACGAUUUUAAAUGUCCCCAAAAUAAAUCUACAUUUUCUUGACACAUUUCUUUAUGCACUUAUCAAAGGAUAAAUGAAUACAGAAGCAAAUUAAAACAGAAAUAUCAAUUUGUGUCAUGUUUUAUAAAUACAUCCAUGCCUGUGUUUAUUUUAAUGUAAUUUGUGAUGCCUUUAAUGGCACAUUAAUGUAUUUAUGGUCCUCCACUGAAUGGAGAAUUCACAGCAACCCUGACUAUAUUUAAUUAUCUGUGGAUCACAGCUUUAUUUGAAUUGUGUGUGUCUGUGGUGAUUUAAGUUUUCUGAAUAUUUUCAUAAAAUUCUGUAGUCACCAGCAGUGAAAUGUUAGCAUGGAAAAGAAUGUUGAAAGAAGCCUCUUUUGUAUGCCUGAAAAUAUUUGGUUAAAGGAUUGUGCUUGAGUUGAACACAUAAUUAAAAAAAAAAAAAUUUUACUUCGUAAAGAGUUUUUAAAGUAUCUAAAAAUGCUUCCAAGGUGGCAUGAUGGAUUUUGUGUUCUCUGGGAGUCAGUACUGAGGAAAUAACUUCUGUCAGCUCUUUUUCUGCAUCACUUUAAAGAUUAAAGCUCAUGGAAAGACCAAAACCAGAAGUAUUUCACUAUCUCAAUGUAUCAUCCUUCUUUGAGUCACCUCAUUGUUGGUUUUGGUGCACUUUUAACAAUCAGGUGAAAGUAGGAUAACAUUAAUGCAUCUCAGAAUAUAAUCAAAUAAUAUAAUUUGCUUAUUUGUCACCUAAAAGUGUGCUAUUUUCUUGGGUUUGACCAGAUUAUUGGCUCAGAGCAAGCUUUUAGGUUUCCCAGUGAGGAGUUUGCGUUGCACUUUUAUUGUACACCAUCAGUUCACUUCCUCUCUAAGUUGUUGAGUGUGUUGUGAGAUUGUGACACACACUGUUAAACAUAUUUUUUUCCUGCUGAUUAAAAUCCUUUUGUCACUGUUACAAAGCCAUGUGAUGGGAUUUGCACGCUUAAAUGCAGAAAAAUGAAAGACUUUUAAGUUGCGAAAAGAAUCUGUUUAUUUCCUGUGCAGAGGAGACUGUAAAAUGU